UAGAAAUCCCAUUUAAAUCCCAUUUUUAUUUAGCCCAUUCAUAUUGCACAAUGUUCAGUAAGUUUUUCAUAUUGGACAUACUGUACAUACUUGACAUACAUAUAGUGUCGCAGUAAAAGAGGGGGUCCAUUUUAUUCAUGAGCAUCACUGCUCAUUUUGUGGCCAAUCAGUUUAAAUACAAUCAUUUUUUUUCUUCAUAUUGGCCAUACAUGCACAAUUUUCUGUACGGUGUGUCGCAAAAUGUGUAUCCUCUGAGUGUAAACUCUGUGGAUUUGGAAACUACAAGUACUUCCGAGUAGAAUGGACCCCCCUUUUACUGUGACCCAACGUACAGGAAUGAUGUACAGUAUACAGUGCAAUAAAUGAUACAUACACAAACAAAAAACAUUGUCGAUUUAGGUUUGAAAAAUAAGAAGAAAAUUGUAUUGGUCACAUACACAUAUUAAGCAGAUGUUAUUGCAGAUGUAGUGAAAAUGCUUGUGUUCCUAGCUCCAACAGUGCAGUAAUAUCUAACAAUACACACAAAUCUAAAAGUAAAAGAAUGGAAUUAAGAAAUAUUAGGAUGAGCAUUGUCGGAGUCCGGAGUAUAAAUAUGUAUAUAUAUGUGAUGGGAUGUAUAAAGAUUAUGGAGAGUAUGUGGAUAGAAUAUGUAGUAUAUCUAAAGAAUACAUAGGAUAAAAUAGUGUACAGUAUGUUCAGCAAUAGUCGAAUAGGAUGGGCAUGACUAGAAUACAGUAUAUACAUAUGAAAUGGGUAAAAUCACAUAGUUUCUUAUGGAAAUACUUUUAAUUAUUCGGUGUGCUAACUAGUAUAAAACAGAUCGAUAAUUGUGAACAUUCUCCAUAAUUCUCGCCCUAAUUCUUAAUUUACAACGUAUAUAGGACGGUACUUUUAUUUUGAAGGAUUCCAACGAUUCUUAACUCGGAAGUACAUAGUUAUUCUUGCCUGUUUAGUAGCGGUAUGGAUAUCUAAAGCAACACAGCUAGUUUACCAACUUGAAUUGUCUAAACAUGUCUCAAAUACGGUUGUUGAGGGUUUUUCUCAACGAGAGAUUAACAGCUGCUGCUGAGGAGAUAUUCGGGGUCGUUGAAAAAACGGUAGCAGAGUAUCAGGAGGAAGUUGUCCGUCUACAGAGGCUGCUCGACAUUGUUCUUCAACCUGAGAUUAACAUGCCCAGAGCAGACCUCCAGCAGCGUACUCUUUCUUUCUCUGAAGAGGAGGUUCAGGAGUGGAGCCCCAGUCUGGGACAGGAGGACCCAGAGCCCACACAGAUUAAAGAAGAGCAGGAGGACCUCCGGAGCCGUCAGGAGGAAGUGCAGAUUCAAGGGCUUGAGGCAGAUGCCAUAGAAUUCAUAUUCAAUCCUGUCUGUGUGAAAAGUGAUCGUGAUGAAGACCCAACUCAGCCCUCACAUCUCUAUCAAGCCCAAAACGAGGGAAACAGAGAGAGAGACACUCUACCCAGUACUACAACUGAAAAUAUCAAAACAGAACCUGAUGGAGAGGACUAUAGGGAAUCAGAACCAACCAGUGUCUCUCAGCCUUUCUUUAGUGUAAAUCCAGACUGUUCUGCAGCUCAGAGUGAAAACAGUCAAAGUGUCAGUGGUAUGGAGACUGGAGAACCUCCUUCAGGUUUUAAGUCAGUCAAAUCAAAAAUAAAGAUGAUAAAAGGACAAAUGUCCCACAUCAAAACUAAGGGUAGGAAAUCUACACAGUUGUCCCUCCUGAAAUCACCCAGUCAAAGUCAUGAUACUCCUUGUUGUUGUAAGGUGUGUGGCAAGUCUUUUCAUCACAUGGGUACAUUAAUUAAACACGUGCAAAUUCAUACAAAGGAUGAAGAAGGUAUUUGUGGUGUGUGUGGAAAAUGUUUUCAGUCUACAGAAAGUAUGAAAGAUCACUUCCAAACUCACAUUGCAGAUAGGUUUUGUUGUCAUGUUUGUGGUAAAGGUUUCACCUUAAACAGUAAUCUAAAAAGACACAUGAGGAGCCACACAAGAGAGAAACCAUAUGGCUGUCAUUAUUGUGGCCAAGGAUUCAGCACUGGCAGCACUCUGAAUAGACACAUUAGGAUCCACACAGGGGAGAAGCCAUUUUGUUGCCCUGAUUGUGGCAAAUCAUUCACUCAGAGUGGACAUCUAAAAAUACACAUGAGGACCCACACAGGGGAGAAACCACAUAGCUGCCCUGAUUGUGGCAAAGGAUUCAGCAUUGCCAGUAAUCUGUCAGUGCACAUGAAGAUCCACACAGGAGAGAAAAGACAAAAGGAUUCAGCACUGGCACCAAUCUGAAAGUGCACAUGAGAACUCAGGGGAGAGACCAUACUGAUGUCCUCAUAGUAGAAAUUUAUUUUCCAAUCAGGUACAUUAAAUAACAGACACACCAAGGAAGCACUUUAAAUGUGUGGAACUGGCAGUAUUUUUCUAAAUGAUAGAACUCUGAUAAAGUAACAUGAAGAACAAUCACAAGAGGGAGAAAACAUGACAGUGUGCUGUUUGGAGGUAUGGAGACAGAAGAUUGAGAGGCACAUUGUACAGUGCCUUUAAAAAGUAUUCAUACCCCUUGACUUAUUCAACAUUUUGUUGUGUUAUAGCCUGAAUUUACAAUGACUUAAAUAUUUUGUUUUCCAUGUUUUGAAAAGCAUUAAGAAAAUUGUUGUGCUCAAGUGGACCCAUUCAUAUACUGUAAAUGAACCUUCUGAAACAUGUGUUUUUUUAAUAUUCUAGGGAUUGUACAUUUUAUCUGCCUUUGUAUAACAGAAUAAAUGUUGAUAACACA